ACCACUACAUCGUUUGGGGUUGGGAAAAAAACCCUAGGGUGAUAACAGGAAGAUUGCAGCAUCGUGAACCAGUGCGACGUGUAUUGGCUUGGGUAUAGGUGCGUGUAAUUGUUUAUGUGUGUGUUCGUUUGGCGCCGGCAUUAGACGACGUCGGUAUUUAGUGUGGUGAAUCGUCGCAUACUCCCUGUAUUUGGUGAUUGAUCGUGCUUGAAGCAACUUCACUUCAGCUCAAGGCCAUCGGUGUAGAAUCUCAUCCAGAAACGCUCAGCAAUCUCACACUCCCUGUACAACAUGGCAACCGUUACGGAAGUUGGUGGCAUCUUGACCGGCAAGCUGCUGAUCGAGGGCAAAACGAAGCAGGUUUACGAUGUGCCGAGCAUGCCCGGCUUUUCGAUACUGCUUAACAAAGAUCGCAUCACGGCACACAACGGUGUCCGGGCGCAUGACCUUGAGGGCAAGGCGAAAAUCUCCAAUCAAACGAACGCGAAGGUAUUUACACUGCUGAAUCAGGCUGGCUUAAAGACGGCAUUCGUUCGCAUGAUUUCGGACAACGCGUUCCUGGCUCGUAAAUGCGAGAUGGUACCAAUCGAGUGGGUAACGCGGCGUCUCGCGACCGGUUCCUAUUUGAAGCGCAACCCGGGCGUGAAGGAGGGCUUCCGUUUCGCACCGGCCAAGGUCGAGACGUUCUUCAAGGAUGAUGCGAACGACGAUCCUCAGUGGAGCGAGGAGCAGAUCCUGUGUGCCGCUUUCAAGGUGAACGGUGUGACGAUCGGGCAGGAUGAGGUGGACAUCAUGCGCCAAACGACCGCACUGGUGUUCGAGGUGCUGGAGCGUGCCUGGGCCACCCGCGACUGUGCGUUGAUCGAUAUGAAGAUCGAGUUCGGAGUGGAUGCGGACGGCCAACUGCUGGUGGCGGAUGUCAUCGAUUCGGAUUCGUGGCGUCUGUGGCCGAGCGGAGACAAGCGUCUAAUGGUGGAUAAGCAGGUGUACCGCAAUCUCGCUAACGUGACGGCCGCCGAUCUGGACACGGUGAAGCGCAACUUCACCUGGGUGAGCGAUCAGCUGGACGCGAUGGUUGCCGUCAACAACCAUCUGGUGGUGGUGUUGAUGGGCAGCGCUUCGGACAAGGAGCAUUGCGAAAAGAUUGCGAAACACUGUACCGCGCUCGGACUUAACACGGAAUUGCGCGUAACGUCGGCCCACAAGGGUACGCAAACAACGCUGCACAUGGUCAGCGAGUACGAGAGUGUGUUGAGCGAGCUGGUGUUCAUUACCGUGGCAGGGCGGUCGAAUGGGCUCGGUCCGGUGCUGAGCGGCAACACCAACUAUCCGGUCAUCAACUGUCCGCCGGUCAAGCCGGACAACGUCAGCCAGGAUGUGUGGUCGAGCUUGAACCUACCGUCCGGGCUGGGAUGCGCGACGGUGCUGUAUCCGGAGGCAGCUGCCCUGCACGCCGCUCAAAUUCUUGGCAUGAAAAACUUCAUGAUCUGGAGCAAGCUGCGUGUAAAGCAGCUGGAUAACUACUCCAGCUUGAUUAUGGCCGAUAAAAAGAUGCGAGGAGUGCGUCAAAACUGAUUCGCUCGGAAUUCCUACGUAAAUGCAAGGGCUCAUGCGAAGAAAGAGUUUCCCAACUACUAUUAUUGCUUUAUGUGUAUCGUUUAAUGCAAUCCUAGAAUAAAUAACGUGUAAUGUUUGUUAUUAAAAAUUCA